AUGUUAACCUCACUCCACUACCCAAUCCUCCAAUACUCUCCCCUCCACUCCAAAACCCUAACCCCAUCUUCUCCCCUCAGUUUCCAAUCAAACCCAAAACCUCAGCCCCAUCUGCACAGCAACAGCAACAGCAGCAGCCACUUUCUUGCCGGAACCAAGCUUCUGAUCCCCAAGCGUUGCCCUAACGUUGUGGCCAUGAGCAAGUCGCCGAAUGUGGAGGAGCAGAAGUUCAGCCAAGAAGGGCUGAUCACGGAAUCUCUCCCCAACGGUAUGUUUCGAAUCCGAUUAGACAACGCGGACACCAUCAUAGGAUACAUAUCUGGGAAAAUCCGAAAGAAUUUUGUCAGGAUUUUGCCUGGGGAUAGGGUUAAGGUUGAGGUCAGUCGUUAUGAUACUACCAGAGGUCGUAUUGUUUAUAGAUUUAAAAAAGAAGAUAGACUUAAAAGGGAAGGAUAA